UGAGAAAAUGAAGCAUUAGUGUGGACAGGAAAGAAAUGAUUGUUUUGUUGCAAAUUAUAAGCAUGAAUGUGUCAAACCCUAAGUUGGUCGUGUAAGUUGAUGAUGAUGGUAUUAAGUCAUAUAAUCAUUCGACUUCUGUUAUGUUAUCAGUGCAGGUAAUGAAGAUAAAUGAAUUUCGAAGCUGGGUCAUCUUGUGGGAAGGAGCUGUUCUGUUAUUUUCAUGUGGGGGGGAAAUUUGUGACAAAUGGUGAAGGUGAAGUGAGAUAUAAUGGAGGUGGCGUGAGGUUAAGAAGCAUUAAGGAUGGGCUGACACUUGAUGAAUUGAGGCUAAUGAUAUCUGAGUGGAUUGGUGGCGAUGGAAGAAAUUAUGACAUUAAGUACACAGUGGCCUUUGAUGAGAAGACAUUGAUUGACCUUCAUGACAAUGCUGAAAUGUAUAACCUCUUUCAAUACAAUGGGAACAGCGGUCAUGUGUAUGUGGCCGAAAAAAGACAAGUGGGUCCCCAACCAAGGGACAAUGUAGAAAUAACAGAGAGAUUCAUGGGCAUGUCACAGCAAACGGAACUGGAUGCGUCUCCCAUUAGUUUGUGUUGUGAUUAUGGCUGGCUCAGUGAAGAAAAUGCUCGUGAAUGUGACAAUGAUGAAAUAAGUGGGCCCCUAAUGUGGAUAAAUCUAUCGGAGCUGAAGAUACGGAUGUUUGCACUUGCAAACAAGUUUGUGGCCAAGUAUAUGAGGAAUAGCAAGGAAUUCAUGUCGAUAAGGUGUAAAGUUGAGGGUUGUCCAUGGAAGCUAUGUGCAAAUCAUGUGGGGAAGAGUUGUGAUGUGCUACGAGUGACGACAUUUAUAAACCGGCAUGUUCAUUCUGCCCAAGAUAGCUUGGACGUGAUGCAUAGUGGAAGAGCUAGUUUGAACUCAUCAAUAAUAAUUGAUGAGAUGAGGGAUCAUGCAGACAAGCGCACUUCUGAGAUAAGGAAGAGGUUGAAACGAGAGUAUGGGAUUGAUCUAACAUAUAAACAGGCUUAUAGAGCAAGAGAGAAGUCACUGGAAGACAUAUAUGGCAGGCCUGAACAAUCAUACAUGCUCAUACCAUGGCUAUGCGAAAGGAUAAAGGAAACAGAUGAAAAAUCAGUGGCUGAAUGGACUGCUAUUGGGAACCGGUUUGAGCGUGUUUUCAUUGCCUACGGGGCAUGCAUUGAGGGUUUCUUGGGUGGCGCGAGGCAUAUUAUGUAUGUUGAUGGAACUCACUUAAGCGGACCAUACAAGGGGACAAUGUUGUCAGCUUCAGCUUAUGAUGCAGAUAACGAGCUGCUGCCAUUUGCAAUUGCAAUUGUGAAGGGAGAAACACUAGAUGACUGGACGUGGUUUUUCUAUAUGAUAAAAAAAAUCCUGGGUUCUGUGGAAGUAACGAUUGUAUCAGAUCGACACAAUGCUAUCAUCGGAGGAGUGGCAUCAAUCUUUGGGGGUCAAAGGCAUGCCUUUUGUUAUAGACACAUCAAGGAGAAUUUUAGUUCAGAAGUUAUGAAAAUGAAUAAGGGGCAAACAAGGACAAAUGGCCGAUCAAAGGAGGAUGCACUAUAUUUAUUGGAUAAAAUUGCAUACGCAAGGACGGAUGAGAAAUUUGAGGCAGCAAUGGAUGACAUGAGAUCCUUUUCUCCAAGGCUAUUUGAUUGGCUUAUUCAUCAUGGGGAUGUAGAUAGGUGGGCUAAAAGUAGGUUCCCAUAUAAAAGAUGGGACAAUAUUACAACCAAUAUAGCAGAAUCAUUCAAUGCAUGGAUGGUGAAUGAGAGAAAGCAUACUGUACCCCAAUUGAUCUAUGAGCACCGAGAUAAAGUUGCAAGAAAGCUGCAUGCCUCCUAUGUGGGUAUGACCAAAUGGAAGAAUUGCGUUGGUCCAAAUAUAGAGAGUAAGGUGCUGGAUAUGGUGGCUGGGUCUGACCAUAUGUAUGCUGAAAAUUAUGGUGGGGGAAGAGUGAAGGUGACAACAUCACGUGGAGACCAUCGGGUUGAUCUUGGACUACACCAAUGCAGUUGCAGAUCUUGGCAAAUGACGGGGAUCCCUUGUUCCCAUGCUUGUGCUGCCAUCAAGAUUGUGCACGGCAAUGUUUAUGAUUAUAUUGAUAAUUGCUAUAAAAAGUCAUCACAAGAAAAGAUCUAUGCUCGCAGUAUGAUUCCUGUGGUAACAACAGACAUGCCUCACCCAAAUGACUACUAUAGAAUAGAAAAUGUCAGUGAGCAAGUUUUCUUGCUACCUCCCAUGACAUCCCGACCACCAGGAAGGCCAAAAGUAAACAGGGAUGAAUCACAGUUCCAGAACAAACGGAUAUACCACUGUGGAAGAUGCCACCAGCCUGGACACACAAGGAGGAAUUGCAGAAAUCCUAACCCAUCAUGA